UGCGGUAGGCACCUAGAGUGCAUUAGUGCAGAUUGUGUACAGGGCUGUAGCAUAUGAGCGAUAGGGAGGAACAGCAACCGGACGACCGGAUCUUGCGAUCGGCAAGGCGCCCAGUAGCCCACUUGGCAUUAGGACCAGAGGGCGACAGACAUCUGUUCCGCCAGCUUAGGGAGAGGCAGCAGCAGCAGAGGAGGGCUAGAGCAGCAGAGGCUAGCAGGGCACUAGAAGGAGUAGGUUCAGAGGCGGGCAACGUAGAAGCUUCAGAGGGUGGAGUAGUCGCUGUUGUAGCUCAGAAAGGCGAGCCGGUGAAAAUGCCACCGGAGAUAGAGGGAGUAGUUGCUAAGUACCCUGAUCUAUUUGAAGAGCCGAUAGGAGUAGUUGAGAGGGAGGUCGUCCACGCGAUAGAGAUUAUCCCAGGGUCUAGUAUUCCGAAGGGUAAGAUCUAUCGGAUGUCUCCAGGCGAGCUCAAUGAGCUUCGCCGGCAACUCAAGGAACUCGUAGAGAAGGGUUGGAUCUGGCCGAGUGUCUCUCCUUAUGGAUCUCCAGUACUAUUCAUACCUAAGAAGGAGGGUACACUUAGGAUGUCCAUUGACUAUAGGGGCCUCAAUGCCAUCACUGUAAAGAACAGAGAGCCCCUACCACGCAUCGAUGAUCUGCUAGAUAGAGUGCAAGGGUGUCGGUACUUCAGAAAGAUAGAUCUGAAGUCCGGGUACCAUCAGAUUGCAAUCCGGCCCGAGGAUCAACACAAAACCGCCUUUCAAACCAGGUACGGUCUGUACGAGUUUGUGGUGAUGCCUUUCGGCCUUUGCAAUGCUCCUAGCACUUUUCAACACGCUAUGAAUCGGAUAUUCCAUGACUACUUGGAUAAGUUUGUCAUCGUGUACCUCGAUGACAUACUUAUUUUUAGUAAGACUUUUGAGGAGCACGUUGCACAUUUGGACAAAGUCCUCAGUCUCCUGCCACAACACAAGUUCAAGAUCAACGGUGAGAAGUGCGAGUUUGGCCGCACCCGUGUCUUGUACUUGGGUCAUGAGAUCUCCACGAAAGGGUUGAAGCCCGAUGACGCGAAGGUGGCCACCAUUCGUGAUUGGCCACGUCCUCAGUAUGUGACUGAGAUGAGAUCUUUCUUAGGAAUGACUGGCUACUAUAGGACUUUCGUUAAGAACUAUAGCAUAGUGGCCGCUCCUUUGACUGAUCUGACCCGCCUUGACACCCCAUGGGAAUGGACAGAUGAGUGUGAGGCUGCUUUCAGAUAUUUGAAGCAUGCAUUGACGCACUACAAGGUCUUGAAACUUCCUGAUCCUGAUAAGCCGUUUAUAGUCACCACGGAUGCCAGCCAAUAUGGCAUUGGCGCCGUGCUCGCGCAUCAGGAGGGGCCAAAGUUGAGGCAUGUAGAGUACAUGUCCAAGAAAAUGUCGUCUCAGAAGUUGGCUAAGUCCACCUAUGAGAAGGAGCUCUAUGCGGUGUACAAGGCUCUGACCCAUUGGAGGCACUAUCUCCUUGGGAGGUUCUUCAUCCUCAAGACUGAUCAUCAGACCCUGAGAUGGAUCAGAACUCAGCCGAUGCUCUCUGACGCUCUCAAGCGUUGGAUCGAAGUCAUUGAGCAAUAUGACUUUGACCCUCAGUAUCUGAAAGGGGAGCACAACAAGGUUGCUGAUGCCUUGUCGCGUACACCUGAUUUCUCAGGUGCGCUGAUUACUGAGUUCGAUCUGACGGCGGACAAUGUUACUCAGUCCUUGGUGGAAGCCUAUCGCGAGGACCAGUUCAUGUCUGAGAUCAUACGCAGACUCCAGGCGAAGGACAAGAAGACCUCUGCCGAGUUUGAAUUGGUCAAUGACUUGCUGUUCCUUGAGAAGGCAGGGAAUAAACGAUUGUGUGUUCCUAAUAGUGAGUCUUUGCGUAGUUUGUUUCUAGGUGAAUGUCAUGAUGCCACCGGUCAUUUUGGGUACAAAAAGACCGCAGCUAAUCUACUACAGCGAUUCUGGUGGCCCACAAUGGUGCGACAUGCUCAAUUGUACGUGGAGACGUGUCAAGUUUGUCAAAGAGACAAGCCACGUACACAGGCCCCUCUUGGGCUCUUGAUGCCGCUUCCGAUUCCGGAAAGGCCUGGUGAGAGUCUGUCCAUGGAUUUCAUGGAGACUCUGAUCACCAGCAAGAGUGGAAUGCGCUAUAUCUACGUCAUCGUGGAUAGAUUUAGUAAGUUUGCUAGAUUAGUAGCGAUGCCGGCAACAACUAAAACGGAGUAUGUCAUUAAGAUGUUCAAAGAGAAUUGGGUAAGAGAUUUUGGGUUGCCCAAGUCCAUAGCGAGUGACAGGGAUGUCCGAUUUACCAGUGAGGUGUUGAAAGCCACUAUUGCGGAACAGGGGACCCAUUUGCAAAUGACUUCUGGGAACCACCCAGAGUCCAAUGGCCAAGCUGAGCAACUGAACCGCGCUGUUCAACACCUGUUGAGGCAUUGUAUCAAGCUCAAUCAGGUGGACUGGGAUGAGAAGCUUGCUCUCAUCGCCAGCUUAUACAACAACGCUGUACACAGCGCCACCGGGGUGAGUCCAAACAGCUUACUGCUAACUUUCAAGCCUAGACUGCCCUUAGACUUUCUUCCUGAGAAUCAGACCACUGCUGCACCAGGUACCUUAGAAUUUGCUUAUCGGUAUGAACAGAAGAUGCAGCAGGCUGUAGAACAGAUGCAGAAGGCACAGGCUGCAAUGAUAGAGUCUGAAAAUAGACACCGCCGUCCUUCGAGAUUUCAGGUUGGGGACAGAGUCUAGGUUAAGUCUUUCAGAACUGGGACAGGAGCACGGGAUUUCCCGCAAACUCA